AUGAUGUUUCUUGCGAGCACACUAGGCACUUCAUCGGGUGACGGAACGAGCCAAUAUGGCACAGAUGUUGGAACUGCGGCUGCAAGUACAAUUGCAACGACCGGCGUGUCCUUGAGUGAUGGAACGGAUGCAGGGAAACAAGGCACGCGUAGUUUUUACGACUGUCAUGCGUCGGGUGCACCGAAGAACAGGGUGUUCGUGGACAUGCUGAGAAAAUUCAAGCCCAGGGACAAAGUAAAGGAGCCACGACCUAUAAAGAGCAAGCCACAGGGUGGAACAGCGCAGAACAAGCUGAAGGAACUGUGGCAGAAAUUGAAACGUUGUAAAAUGGGAAGAAAAGCAUGGAUCAAGCUUAUAUUAGUCGCCACAGUCUUGUGUCCAGUACUGGCGUCCGUGGUACAAGCAAGUGCGAUGGCGUUGGGGGUAACAGCAGAGCCCGUUGUGGGUGUCAUCGCCAUGUAUGGAAGUCCCAUGCUGUUUGCACUUAUCUAUGGAUGCGUGCUACUAUGUUUCUGGUGCUCGAAGAAGGGAAAAUGUAUAGUAAACAGAAUUUGCACGGACGAAACUCGCACAGAAACGGAAAAAAACGAAGGAGAAGUAAAUAAGAACCCGGAAGCACCUAACGAGGCAGGAGAAUCCGAGAAACAGGGAGGACCUGAGAGGCAGGAAGCACGCGGGAAAUUAAAAGUACCGUGGAAACUGAAAUUACCUAAAAAGCCAUAA